AAUUAAUUCACGGUGGCUGCAGAACGAAUGCAAGGUUUUUGGUGAACAAACAUACCAUGUUCAAAGUUUGUGUGGUUUUCCAAAUGUGUAUAACAUGACGACGGUAUGGUAAUAGUGCUGCUGCACUUUGCUCGUAAAACUAGUUUCUUAUCGUAGAGUUCAGAGGACUGGGUGGGCUCACUCUGUUCAGAUGACUCUGUUCUCCUAUAUUAGUACAUUCCUCUCAGCAUACUCUUGUUCAUCUCCUGUCCCUCUAGAGACGGCAAGUGGGGCUGAGGACUCCGAGGAAGAGUACGAAGAGGCUCAGGGACAAGAAACUGACUCCCUCCCCCUCUCCUCCUCCAUGAACUCCAUAUCUUCUGGAGAAGACAUGGCCUCAGCUCCAGCUGUGGGGGAGGCUCCAGAGACCCACGGCGUGGACAUCCUCCUCCUGGUGAUCCAGGGAGGUGUGACGGUGCAGCGAGACUCCUCUCUCGGUCGCUCCAUCGACUUCAGAACGUUCAGCUCAAACCUCGCCAACGUGGCCGAGCUCCAUUUCCACUCGGCAGCCGGGCGAUGGGCUCUGCGGCAAGUUCCCUGUCCUGAUCUCACUACACACGCCUACCAAAUCCUCUGUCAGGUGAAUCCAGUGCCAGUGUCUCUGGAUAGUUUGGUAGUGGAGCCGUCCCUUCGUCCCUCCUCUCCUCCCUCCCCCUCCUCCUCCAGCACCUUCCCCACACACCUCCCCGUUGCCGUGGUUCCCCUCCUCACCACACAGUCUCCAGGAGUCUAUCAGGAAUUCCUACAGUCUCCCGAAGGACACGGUUUCAGCGGACAAGUGUGUCUGAUCACUGACUGCAUGGGCUCAGUGGCUGCUUAUGACAUCCUCACGUCGCGCCCUUCCUCCCUCUCCCCCUCCCCCACCUCCCCGAUAUCACACUCCCUCGGAGUCCCUGGACAGCGGAGAACUCACUCCUCCUCCCCUCACCCCUCCUCUUCCUCCGCCCCCUCUACACCUCAUCUCAACAGAUACUUCUCUGUGGAGCUGCCACCAGUCCCCAGGCCUCUGUCCUCUUCCAACAGGAAGCAUUCCUCCUCCCUCACUCCUCUCCCCCUCACCACCCUCACACCCUCCACUCCUCACCGCACUACCAGUGUCGGUUUUGACUUUGACUUUGACGUGACCCAUUUCUUCUGCCUCGGAUCACCUCUGGGGCUGGUGCUGGCCUCUCGCCAGAUGACACGCUCACACCACGGAGCUGCAGCCCCACUCCCUCCUCCGCGACCCAGCUGUCUGGGGUUCUACAACCUGAGCUACCCCCACGACCCCAUGUCCUCGAGAGUGGAGCCACUGUUGGAUCAGAGGUUCUCUCAGCUCUCACCUGCCACUGUACCCGUCUACCGCCUCCACCCCAAAGGUCUGGCAGAGCCCAGCACUCUCCACGGAGCUGUAUCCAAACAUCCUCAUCUGUUUGCCGUCCGGCGACUGGCUGGUGGUGCCCACAGCCUCAAUCGUAAAAAGUCCAUCUCUGCCGAGUGUGUCAUCACCGUGGAGGAAGAGGGGGUAAUCCCUGCCACACCCACUCAUUUAGAGGACCUGAUGCCAUUCUCAGUGUGGUGGUCUCGACAUCGUCUGGACUACCUCCUGGAGUCACCUUUGACCUCCAGUUCCCAUGACUACCUCCCCCUCACAGCCAUCACUCAUGUAAUCCACUCCUCUUACUGGGAAGCCAAACAAAUCGUCUCCUUCGUCCUCAGACAGGUUCUCCACCACAACUCGACGUGUAUAGUGCGAGGCUGGGAGGAGGGGAGGGAGGAGAGAGUCUUCAUUCCUCCACAGAGAACAGAGAAAUGGAGUCGCAAGAGAACUGCCAUGAAGAUUAAGAGACUAAGUCCCAACCACAGAGUGAACGACGUACUGUGCCUGGGUGCUGGACCAAGUGCCUCUCUCCAUGGCAAAUUUGAGUAUGGACCUCUGGGGAUGGUCUCUCUCGUCAAGGAACUGGUGGAUGUGUACCUGCUGGUCCAGACAGGCAGGGCAAACUCCUGGCAACACCUGGACACCAUGGCAACUGAUAAACACGGCAGAGCCUCCUACACUAUCACGAGGAGGUUACCAGUUGGAGUGCAUCCCAUCAAACUACUUGUCCGAGGAGACCACACCACAGCAGGCUGCAACCUAUUCAUAAUGCCGCCCCACACUGAGGCAGUGGUAUUCAGUCUCGACGGAGCUCUGGCUGACAAUUUCUCUCUCUCUGGCAAAACUAUGAAGUGCAAGCCGGGAGCUGUGCAGGUAGCAAGUCACUGGAGAGACCUGGGCUAUCUCCUUGUGUACCUAACUGGAAGACCAGAUGUACAGAAAGACACAAUCAUGAAAUUCCUUGCAGCGAAUGGGUUCCCUCUCGGUGUGGUUGCCUGUGCCGACUCCAUUACUGACCCUCACCUCAAGACACUCUAUCUCGCCAGACUCAUUAAAGAGGCAAAGAUGAUAAUCCAGACGGCCUAUGGCUCCCACCGCCACCUGUCUGUCUUCACAGAGCUGGGACUCCAGAGAGAUCAGAUCUACAUUCUCUGCAGAAAAACCAACAGAAAAGAGGCUGAGGAUUGCCAGGUGAUAGGAGGCUAUGUGGAGCAUGUGCAGGAACUCGUGAAACAAGGCCAACGCCCCGCCCUGUCCAGUGUCAUACCACUGCUGGGCAAACACACCUGCUUCGCUCUGCCAGGAAACCAGAGGCCAGAGGGGAGGAGAAGAAAGACACGGACUGAAGUGAAAUCAGAGUCGGACGGCUCCCCAGACAAGUCCCAACUGGGGACUGACGCAGGGGAAGAGGCAGCAUCCUCCAUUGCCUCCUCUCACCAAGAUGCUGAGGUAGUGUCGGUGAAGACGGUAGCAGAAACAGGAUGUAUGGUGACGACGUACAAGAGCACGGGAGAGUCCGUGGCAAGAAAUGGAGUGAAGGUCAUGCUUCACAGCAGAGACCUGUGGGCCAAGUUCCACAAGUCAACCACUGAGAUGAUUAUCACCAAGGCCGGCAGGAGGAUGUUCCCGGUAAUCAAGAUCAGUGUGUCCAAUUUAGAGCCUGAGACGAAGUACAUCAUUGCGAUGGACAUUGUGCCAGUGGCCGACAAUCGCUACAAGUUCCACGAUUCUGAGUGGGUGGUGACGGGGAAGGCGGAGCCGACCUCCCCGGGGAGACUCUACAUUCACCCUGACUCGCCGGCCCCUGGGGCUGUCUGGGAGAAACAGAUAGUCUCCUUCCAAAAGUUGAAGAUCACCAACAACAACCUUGACCAGCUCGGAUAUCUGAUUCUAAACUCCAUGCACAAGUACCAGCCGAGAGUCCACGUAGUCAAGACAACGGGAGAGAAAGACCAGUUGAAGGAGUUUCCUCAGAGCAGUGCAGGCAGCGACUCUUUCAGCACCCACAUCUUUGAGGAGACUCAGUUCAUGGGGGUCACUGCCUACCAGAACCAACAGAUAACCCAACUCAAGAUAGAGUACAACCCAUUUGCCAAGGGGUUCAGGGGCUGUGAGCUGGCAGGACCUAGAAGAAGUGGGCCGGGGUCCAGCCCUCCUCCGACAGAUACAGACCCUUUCUUUGUGAGAGAUCUAGGGCUCUACUCACAGGCCCACGUCAUGCCAGGUCACCAGCACUUGUAUCCUCCAGACACCAGCACUCUGUCAUACAGAGCACCUCUGGGGCUGUCAGCGAGACACCCUGCCCACCUCAGCCCACCCUACCAGAUCUCCAGUUCCGCGGCCGGCAGCUCAGGCAGCGGAGGUCCCAGCCUCCCCCAGCUCCCUCACCAAUACCCCCAGCCUCCCCACUUCCCCUACACACCCUCCACCAACCCUGGCAACACCUACAGUGCCAGUCCGGCGUUCCAGUCGCGACAGAAUCUCCCGUACUCCGUGCUCCAGCCACUCCCGACCUACCUCUCCGGGCUCCCACCUCACACUGUUGGCUACGUGUCCCCGGCAACUUCGGCCUACUCUGCCCUCGCCCAGGGAUCCAGUGGCUCUGCGGGACAAGCGUCUGGUGCAGCUGCCUUCCCCAGCUCCGCAGAGUCCUUCUCUCCGGCGCCACAAGGGCAGCAGCCGCCCAGUGACCCCCAGCAGCAACAGCCAACGAACCCUCCGCAGGGUUGGAACCCCAACCCCCCUAAUUACCCCUAACGAACACUGCACCCCAAGUCAGCACUUGUAGGUCGGCACAAAGAUGUAGUUGGUUUAUCACACCCUCUUAUUUCACUCUCCUCCUCUCCUCCUCUCCUCUUCUCUUCUCUCUCUCUCUCUGUUGUGUAGGGACAAUUUUCUCAUCUCUGUUGUACUCACUUGCACUCAGACAUCACUUUAGACAACAGAUACCCAUACUGCUGAGCCUCCUAGUCACACACCAGCCUCAGAACCAUAUUAUAGACUGCUACUUAAACAGGUAUUUCCUGGGUUUUAUAUCCCAUGUUAGCAAAACUCUCUAUUUAUUGUUUGACACUGCGUGCUGUGUGUCGGCUGCUGGCUAGCAGGACCUCAGCACGAAACAGAAUUUUUAUCACAACGUUCACUAAUACGCCAGACCACCAUUAACUGUUAGAACUGCCUUCCUUCCUUACCCACCACUAGAUUUGUACCACCACUGGCUUGCUGCUGUCACCACCACCCUCUCUCUCUCUCUCUCUCUUUCUCCUCCGUAGCGUUUGUCACCAGUCAUCGUUUUCUGUAUACAGCUGCCUGUAAAACACACUUACCACAUGUGUUUGUUUAACCUCCGAUGAUAUAGCUAUAUAGUGUGUAUUAUUAUAUUAUUAUGAC